ACCCUCCAGAGACUCUUUGCACGUGGAUGGUGUUUAAUAAUUUAUUCAGCACAGGUUAUUAUAAAGAUAUUCUCUUCUUCCUCACGCUCAAGUCAGGCGUAUCAUUGCAGAUUCAACUGCGUAGCAAUUACAUCUUGUUUUGGGAUAGUUCUGGACAUAACGGCCAAACUAUUGGUUGACCGUGGCACGUGUUAAGCUCAGAUCCGACUGAAGUAUUUAGCUGAUCUGUUCCUGGGAAUAGCAGGCUCAUAUCAGGAGACAGGGCUGCUGGAGUCACUCAAGAAUGAGUGAAGCUGUGGUUAGUGGGGUGAGGAGGUUGAGCACCAUCUCGGAGCAGGACGGGGACGCUGAAGCAGAGCCCGUGUCCCUCGUGUCCUCGGGGGACAGUGAGUGGGCAGGAUCCAGUGCUUCUCUCUGCUCGCGGGGAAAGCCCAGCGCCCAGAGCAGCUCCUUCACCUCCUCUGAGUCCUGUCAGCCGGACGCAGCAGAUGACUGCGCCUCCAUCCUGUUGGCUUGCCUGUACUGCCGCUUCUGUGACGUUAUGGCCAUGCUGCCUGACACUUGUGAGCGGGCUAUUGGCCGCUGCUUCCCCUCGUACAAGUAUUACAACACCUCGGAUGAGCCGUCCAAAGGAAAAGACUGGUGCAGCUGUAACGUGGAUUUUGACUGUGGUUUCAUCGACUGUCAAGAUGCCAGUGAGCUGUUAGAGCUGGCGAUGGAGAUAUCUGAGGUCUGCUACCGCUAAUAGCCUCUUAGCUGUCUGGAGAUCAGAGUAAAUCAUUCAGGACGGAGAUUCUCCAUCAGUGCUUGAUUCCCCAUUCCACAUGGUGUGCGUUUCAAAUGAGAUACAGUUACUCAUGUUGAAAAAAUGGUAAAUUGCCACCUCUUCAUUUUGGCAACAAAAUAAAGCAUUUUUGGGACAAGAUCAUCAUGUAAUUUAAGCAAAGUACUUGGUGACUAUAUUUGUGAUUCUUCUUAAAGGGGUCAUAUGACGUUGCUGAAAACAACAUUUUGUGUAUUUGGUGUAAUGCAAUGUGUUUAUGUGGUUUAAAAAAAAAAAAAUCCACACACUGUACAUUAUUGUUGCUCCUCUAUUUGCCGGCUUUCUGAAAUGCAUUGAUUUUAACAAAGCCCAUCGUUCUGAAAACCAAGGUGCAUGCUGAUUGGUCAGAUAUCCAGUGCGCUGUGAUUGGUCGAAAACCUCAA